GAAUUUAUCCCACUGCUAGCCGUGUAACGAGCGUAACGAAUGUAUGUUACCAAACAUCUGUAUUGAUUCGUGCAAGGGACAGUUGUCACAAAAGAAAGCAAUUGUCAGCGUAGUCUGUUUUUUAUGUUGUGGGGUUGGCAGAGAAAAGUAACAAGGCGUACGAAAGUGCAAAAUAUAAAGAAAAUGUGUAGUGUUUACUCCGUUCCGUUGUUAUUUCUUAAUCUUGGUGGGGAGAUGAUGUACAUUUUGAAUCAAAGAUUAAAUGCACAGCGGAUCCCAAAGGACAAAGCAACGAAAGUGAUGGAUGAUACUAUAGGAAUCAUGCUCAAUGAAAAGUUCCUGGUACAGCUGUUUAAACCUCAGGCAGUUUACAACAAGACAGCACUUCGAAAACUUUUUGAAGAUCUAGCACAUGCUUCCAUAAUGAGAUUAGAUGCUGCAAGCAUGGAUAAAUUGUAUGAUCUCAUGAUAAUGGCUUUCAAGUAUCAAGUAAUAAUGACAUGCCAGCCUCGUGAGCUCAUACUAAUUACACUAAACCAUAUGGAUGCUAUUCGGGGCUUUGUUUCUACACCUGCCUUACAAGACCAAGUUGAUAAAACAUACACAAAACUUAUGGAAACAUAUGCUCACCUUUCGAUGGGUGAAAUGCAGACUUUGAGAAACAGUCUGCUCAACUUCUUACAGGGCCACAGAGUGAGGGUGUCUGUGUUUUUGAGACAGAAAGUACAGAACACUGAUGGUACAUUUAUAAUUCCAACAUCUGGACCAAUCGCACUAGGUUGUGAAGUGCCCGGGUUUAUUCGCUACUUUGAUUCUGAUGGUGCAGUAUGCGAGACUAAACAUUUUCCUGCAGGUGGAGAAUAUGUGGCACCUUGCAAGCCUGGAUCAAUGGAGUUGCAUGGAAACAGAGGCACAGACCUUGGAUCUAACAUUUACCAGGUACCAGUGACAAUUGACACAUCUCCAAUGAACAUACACUGCAGCAGUAGUGACCAGCAGGGAAAUACUGGAGACAUCAAAGCACAGUGUCAGGAUCAUGAGGCGGAUGGAUUUCACCUGGGGAAAGAGGAAUUGAAUCUGCUUAUGGCUCAACUGUUAGGCAGUCAGGCUGAACAGAAGCAGGGAUUGGGUAGCAAGGAGGCCAUAAGACUCAGUUUAUUUUGUGUGGAUGAAGGGGGGUCGAAUCCAGCUUCACCAAAAGAUGAGCCAGGAUCAAAGAACCUGAUACACAUUGAUGCCAGGAACCGCAAUUCCAGUGCAGUUCUAGAUAGGGUUUAUGAUGAGAUGACCACGCAGAAGGAAGGACUGAAUUCACAUGAUGAUAAAGCCCAAGACCUCCUGGAGUUGCUGGAUAGUAUAAUGUAACAAUGGCAGGAAGCAAAUAUGUCACUUCACUGUGUGUCUUAUAGUGGUCAUCAGUGACAGCUGGUAAAGAUAAGAAAGGUUAAGUUGCCCAUUUGCUUAAUCAGUUAAGCACUAUGCCAUGAAGGCACGAGGACAUGGAAGUGUAGCUCCAACAAUGAAAACUGCAAAUAACAAAAUCACCUCACAAAAUGCCUUCCAUUAUAAUCAUUAUAUUUCAGAUAUUUUAAAUGUAUGUUUAUAAACAAGUCUAGUCAUUACAGAUGGGAUUGGUGUAUAAGUUUCAGCACGGAAAUUGUGUCACUGUCCAGCUGCACUGGCAGAAGUGAUACGUAGGUCGUACCGAAAGUCACAAGCAACUUUUUUUUUUUUGCAUGCAACCUGGGAACAGCAGACGAAAGA